AUGGCAGGUACCUUGAACGGGUCAAACGGCUCGCAACAGGGUACCAUGCCAAGCUCGUCGCGAGCACCAGCGGCAGCACCAGCAGCAGCAGCCACGCCUCAGCGGUCGACUGCGCCGAUCGUGCCCACCCGGUCCGCGGCACGGCCUACGUCCAUGGCCGUGUCCGCAACCCUGAGUCCAGCAACGACGCCAUCCAAGCCUGAGACUACGCCCGCUCGCCAGAUCGUAACCCCCAAAGCGUCCCCCUCGCCGCUGUCCCGCAUCCCUGCCAGCUCGUUACCCCGCUCGACGGCAGCAGAUAGAGGCCCGCCGAGCGCGUACGCCCGCCCCGGCCUCCGGCCUGUCAAUUCGCUUCGCACGCCGACGAAGAACGCGUGCAAGCCGUCGGACAUCCAGGCGCAGAUUGAAAUGCUCGAACGGGUAAUGGGGUCGCGGACGGGCGUGCUGGGGCGACUUGACGACAAGCUCAGCGAACACGUCAUGAAGUUUCUCGACCUCCAGGAGGUGCUGCGCCUGCGAUUGGUGUCGAAACGCUUCGAACAGCGGGCAACGAAUCCUCGUGUGUGGAAGCGGCUGUGCAGAGAACUCGAGGCGCACUGGGAUGGCAUGGUCAAUCUCGAUGGCUACAGGUUGGACGAUGACGGCGACUGGCUGGGAUUGUUCAAGAAGCUGUGGCGGCGAGAGAAGAACUGGACGAAUGGACAGGCUCAGAGCUUGGCUGUUCUGAGUGGACAUCGAAACUACGUCACAUCUCUCAAGUUAUGGGGAGAGACUCUGAUCAGCGCGUCGUAUGAUGAUACGAUUCGGAUAUGGAACCUCCCAUACGCCGUGUCUAGCUCCAAGGUCGUCCCACCGCCAGUGGUGAUCCCCGCCAAGGCCGUGUCGAGCAUCGACUACUACGCGCCAGAGCAGGUUCUCGUGACUGGCUCGCACGAAGUUGGCCGUGCCAGUGUGUGGCGAAACAUUGAGGGCGAAUGGAAGGUCGAAAAGAUCCUUUCUGGGCACUUGCACGGCACACGAUUUGUCGCAAUCAACGCCGAAUGGCUCAUCUCUGUCGGGUCCGACAAGGCGAUCGUCGUGUGGGACUGGCGGUCAGGAAACAAGAUUGUUCGUUUCGGCCAGCAGACCAACGUCUGUGCUGGCAUGAGACUUCUCGACGACUUUGUCCUGUCCGCAACUGUCGACGGCGUGAUCCGCACGUUCUCCAUCCAAAAGCGAGAAAUGCUCGGCCAGUUCAGGCUGUCCGAGCUCGCAAGGCGGCAGCCAGAGUUUGCCGACAAGCUCAAGGACGUGGGAGUCGGCGCUCUGGGUAUGCUUACCUGGUUUGAGGCCGAAGGGCGGUUCUUGGCGAUGGCUACGAAGGACAUUAUAAUUCGCCUCGCCUGGGAAUGGGCUGACGAGGAGGAACUGGAGGUCAUGCUUAAUAGCCCGACGAGCGUCGACAGCCGGUCCUUUGCCGAAGCACAGGCGACCAGCCCCUCGGUUGUCACACCUGCUCGUCACCGAGGUUUCAGUAACGCGUCGCCUCGCGCAGUGUCACCGCGUUCGCCGCUCACCCCUCGGUCUGGCGGGGCAACACCGACUACAUCACGGCCGUCCCCAGUCGUGAGCUCCAAGCUUGCCAUGUCGACAGGCGCUCUACCUUCGUCAGCAGGCGCGAGCUCGAGCGAGGACGGGAACAGCGAGAAGGCGAAUGCCACUACGACCAACACGACGUCACAGUUUGCCCUCGCGAAGCCACCGAGGAUUAUCGAGAUCCUCGACAUUACGGGCACGGAGCGGGGCGCAUUCGAAGCUGGGCGUGGGCGUAUCGUUACCAGCCGCCGUUUGUCCGCAAAGUCGGGCGCAGAGCGCAGGGUACGUCACCAGUUCUCAUGUCUUUUCAAGGACCAGCUAAUCAGUCUCAUACAGGUUCUCGUCGGCUCUGAAAGGCCUUCGCCCGGUGGAGGCGAUGCUGCCAUGAAGGUGGUGCCGCUUGGUGGUCUGUGGGAGACGCGAGGACGUGCUGCGGGGCUGGCCAGUGCAACCAAGAACCCUAUGAGCUUGGCACUCGACCAUGACAAGGUGGUGACGGGUCUAUUGUAG